CAUGCAACCAAACCCAGCACCUCAAACACAUAUAAGGAGAAGUCACCCAGUCCCACAUCACAGGGGACUCUCAACCUCCUCCAACCUCUACUCUUCCCUUCUUGUUCCAUAACUUUGCCAUCCUUAUCUACUUUUCUCAAGGAGCCACAAUGAGCCGGCAAUUUAGUUCCAGAUCUUUUUCCACGAGUGGAAGAAGGGGAUAUCCUGUUUCAGGCAGUGGAUUCAGGGUGUGCAAUGGCUCAACUUCCAUGGUUCCAGUCGGAGGAGUGGGAGCUUUCUCUGGUGGCUUUGGCAGCAGAAGUCUUCACAGCCUCGGUGGAAGCAAGAGGAUAUCCAUGGGCAUAGUUUCAGGUGGUGGAGGAGGUGGAGGUUACUUUGCAGGUGGUGUCUGUGGAAGAAACCUUGGCAGUGGUCUAGGAUUCAGCAGUUUUAGCACAAGUUAUGGAGGUCUAGGAAGUGGGGUAGGCUUUGGUGGUGGUGCAUGCUUAGGAGGUGGCAUUGCCCUUGGAAGUGGUGUUGGACAGGUUGGUCCUGCUGGAAGUUUUGGUGGUGGAGGAUAUGGCCCUUCAGGCCCAGGUUCCUUACCAGCACCAGGACGCAUCCAUAAUGUUGUUGUUAACAAGAAUCUACUGGCUCCUCUGCGUGUGGAGGUUGAUCCAGAUAUUCAGAGGGUCCGGACGCAGGAGCGAGAACAAAUCAAGACCCUCAACAACAAAUUUGCCACUUUCAUUGACAAGGUGAGAUUCCUUGAGCAACAGAACAAAGUAUUGGAGACCAAGUGGGACUUGCUAUACCAGCAGGGAACUCCAGCUCUGAGAGACAAUCUGGAGCCACUUUAUGAAGCUUACAUUGACACCCUUCGAAGGCAGUUUGAGAGCCUCACCAAUGACAAGAAUCACCUGGAUAUAGAAUUGAAGAACACACAAGAGCUGGUUGAGGAUUUCAAGAGCAAGUACGAGGAUGAAAUUAACAAACGUACAGCUUGUGAAAAUGACUUUGUGGUGCUCAAAAAAGAUGUGGAUGGCUCCUACAUGCACAAGAUAGAUCUGGGAUCCAAGGCUGAUUCCUUGACUCAACACAUUCAGUUCUUAAGAGCACUCUUUGAGACAGAAUUGUCUCAGGUCCAAUCCCAGGUUAGAGAUACCAAUGUUGUUCUACAAAUGGACAACAAUCGAGAUCUGGAUCUCAAUGGCAUCAUCGCUGAAGUCAGAGCCCAAUAUGAAGAUAUUGCCAACAGAAGCAGAAAUGAGGCAGAAACUUGGUAUCAAAGCAAGUAUCAAGAACUUCAAACCACAGCUCAGAAACACUGUGAUGAACUGAAAACCACCAAAGAUGACAUUGCAGAGAUGAGUCGGAUUGUCCACAAACUUCGUGCAGAAAUUGAAAUAGUGAAGAAAGCGGUUAAUGGUCUGCAGUCAUCCAUUGCAGAAUCUGAACAACGUGGAGAGAUAGCCCUCAAAGAUGCUCAGAAAAAGCUGCUUGACUUGCAGACCGCCUUAACAGCCUCAAAGGAUGAACUGGCUCGUCUACUGCGUGACUACCAGGAACUGAUGAAUGUGAAGUUGGCUUUGGAUGUAGAGAUUGCAACUUACAGGACCCUGCUGGAGGGGGAGGAGAGCAGGAUGUCAGGUGAAUGCCCAACCCCUGUAAACAUCUCUGUGAUCAGCAGUUCCAGCACCAUCAGUGGUGGCGGUGGAGGAGGCGGAUACAGUGUUGGAGGAGGAAGUGGAUACGGCAUUGGAGGAGGAAGUGGAAUGAGCCUUGGUGGAGGGGGAGGGGGAUAUGGUCUAGAAGGGGGAAGCGGACUGAGCCUUGGUGGAGGGGGAGGCGGCUAUGGUGUAGGAGGAGGAAGUGGAAUACGCCUUGGUGGAGGAAGUGGCAGUGGACACAUUAGUACUGGUGGAGGAAAAAUCAGCCGGUUUAGCAGUGGAGGCAGCCUGAGUGGUUCAGGCAACAUCGCUAGUGGAGGAUACAGCUAUGGAGGGAGCAGCUCAGGCAUGAAGAUCUUGCCAACCACAAGCUCCUUCAGCAGAAUAAGCAGCUAAAGUUCUGUUUUUAAAAAGUUGUGCUAUUCUUACUUUAAGAAACAACAAAAAUGUCCUACAAUUACAAAACUUGACAUUAUUUAACUCAGAGAUAUCUACUAAUAAUUUCCCCAAGUACAAUAUUUCCUCAACAGAGAUAUCAUUUAAAAUAUUUCAUAUGCCAUUAGAGUGUUAACUAUGGCCCACUCUAAGCCAACAGAUAUGUUUGUUUGGGCACCUUUGUACCAUUUCAAACUCAAGAUGGAGAAUGGUGUACUGGUGUCUUUCCUCAGCUAAAUUGGGGGGGGGGGGGGGGUGUUCCUUGCACAUACAAAGCCAGUUAGUAAGAAGGCUGUCUAUAGUAUUUCUCCCUUACAGGCUGAUUUUGUGAUGUAUAAGCACUGCUCAUUUCCUAAUAACAGAGCAACAGGUAUCCACCUACAGACACUGAAAUGGCACAGGCUAUUCUGAUUGUAUGUGGUUUUAGCUGUUUCUGAUCAAUUCAGCUGGACACCAAGCCACAUAACAAUGCAGAUGGGGAAAUGCAUCUUCAUGAUUCUGUAAUAUUUUCAGAUGUUAACGUUUUAUCUAUUAAUAUCAUGUUGGCUCCAAGGUCAUUAUAAAGUUGCUCAACUCUUCAGCAAACGGUAGCAUAGUUUGUUUGAGGAUUUCUGUUUCUUUAUUUUGUCCCUAACUACAAAAGGACAGCACUACAAACUUUUUAUAACAAAAGAGAAAAGGAUGCUGACUUGUAACUAAAGCAGAAAAAAGCCCCAAUAGCACAAGAAAAAAAAGUGUUGUUUCUGAAAACUCCAAUGUACUUACAAAUGUUUUAUUGUAAACAGUUUUACAGUUCACAUAGGUUUUAAAGCAGCUUUUGUUCCUAUUCAAGUGUUACAUAUUGCUAACAACGAGCAACAGCUCAAUCAUCCAACCAAUUCAUUGUCUGUUUCAUGUAUCUGAUAUAAUAAUCUCUUGUCAAUAAAAAAAAAUCAUACUACAAUAAACCUGUUAGUUUUUAA